AUCACAUGCCCCCGGACCUACUGAUAGGGCCGCCUAUCAUGACUUGUUCCUGAUUUUGGAGCUCUAAAAAUCCAAUCAUCCAAUCUACAACUAUCACCUUUCUUUUUAACUUGUACACCUCAGUCCAACCGACAUUAUCGCAACUGCGUCGAACAUCGAACGGGGUGUUUCUGAUUCCAUCCCGCCAUGAUUCGGUAGCAAGCAAGGCCAUCUACUUUUGGCGUUACGAACGCAUCGUUCUCAGCUUCAUUUCCAUUUCUAUUCUGAUCGCCUUCGGGAUCAUCCGUCUGCCUGGUCAGCUCCGGUUGACCCGCUCUCAACAAUCCCGCACUGGCAUCGAUCUCUAAGCAAUACUUUGAACGGGCGGCCUCAUUCUAGCUGCUUUUAACAUCGCUUCAACCUAGCUAUCCAUUCUCGAAGGUGUCGGUGUCGAUACGGGAAUCAUGGAUAGUGUCUUCGUCGCCGACCGUUGCGACUCGCUUCGCGAGGGCGGGUUCACCAACUUCUUUGUUUCAAUCUUAAUCGUCAUCGGUAUCAUGCUAUCUUAUGUCACACAACACUACCGCAUCAUCUCGCGUGGCUCAUCCGAAGGCAUCUCCCCUUAUUUCGUCCUACUCGGUGUCACCUCAGCGAAUUCGCAGUUCGGGAACAUCCUCACCCUACCUCAAUCACGAGCCGAUGUCGCUUGCUGUAAAGAAGUUAGCCCCUUCGAAUGUACUGCUGGACUUCUCGGAAUCGCACAAAUUGGGACACAAUGGAUUUGCUUUGCUAUCAUCUUGGUUCUGUUCUUGGUCUUCUUCCGUAGAGAGGAUGCUGACCUUGCCGAUGACUACGUACGUGAUCCCGACCAACCAACCUGGAGGACUGCUAUUAUCGUCGCCGCGCUGUGUUUGAUCCACGGUCUCCUCGUCGUCAUUAUAUCCGCUGCAUUUGCUCUCGGUGCCCCUCGAUACUUGGGCGCAUGGGCAAAUUUCCUAGGUAUCAUGUCCGCAGUACUUGCUGCUACUCAAUACAUACCUCAAAUCUGGACUACAUAUAAACUUAAGCAUGCUGGUAGUUUAAGUAUCCUGAUGAUGUGCAUACAAACUCCCGGUGGCCUUCUUUUCGCUGGUAGCCUGGCAGCACGCCUUGGCUGGGCGGGUUGGAGCUCUUGGGGAGUAUAUGUGUUGACUGCCAUCAUGCAAGGUAUCUUAUUGGUCAUGGCCGUCUCGUAUGAGUGGCCUUCCCAAGAGGAACGGAAUCAAACCGCUCCGCAUCCACAGCGACCGCCGUACAAUCGACGAACUACACCUAGGGUAUUGCCCUCCCCGGGCCCGUAUUCCGCCCAUUUACAAGCGUACGGCGAAACACAAGAAGAAAUUGAACGUGCUCUCGACCGGGAAAGUGUCCAGGGCGUGGGAGAAAACCAGCCUCUUUUGGCACCGGGAGGACUUGGUAGUUCCGGUGUUCGCUAACGGACCAGAUAUAAAGUAGUCUCCGCCCUACUCUCGUUCUCCUUCAAAUUCCGAUCUGCCAACCACAACGUUGAUUAUAUCCCGUUUGCUACAACUUGUCGAAGUCUCAUGUCAGGUACUAUACAAAAGCGUGAAAUUGGUUUCUAGACAAGCAAGGCGCGAUAUCUUCAGUUGUAAAAAAGUUGAUAGAAUUAGUUAUUUACAGCGAACCAAAUUGAUUCAUUGGGAGAAAUUGUCGACUCUACCGAAAAUGCUUCUACCUCGUGAUACGGACUCAUAUCCAGGUCCAAUCAUGAUUCAUACAAUUAAUUGACGGCCUCCACUCAGCUUCAAGUCCUACAGGAGCUACUACAGAAGCUAGCUACCCCCUACCGGGCGGUAUUACCCUCGGAAUAGCAGUCACCUGCACCCUGUACCUUAGCCCUGGAGCUGUACCCACUUAAGGCUUACAGUGGGACCAACCAAGGAUGCUCGUGUUUGCGCUAGGAUUUUGAUUGGCUGGAGCUUAUAAUGUCUCACUGAUUCGGGUUUUGAGUCAGGAUGAUCUUGUGUCAUGAAUCGCUUUCACCUCU